AUGGCUGCGCACAUGGUAAAUACUCUCCUCGAGAAGCUCCACCUGACCUCCAAGGAUCAUGGUGCACCUGCCCAGGAGCCCGAUGAAGAGCAGUUGAAGGCCCUGCGCCAGAAAUAUGAGAAGGCAAACCAAGAACAUGUCUUUGCUUUCUACGAUGACCUUGACACUGAAGGGAAAGCUGCUUUAUUUGAACAGCUCUCCAUCUUUGAUCCCGACCGCAUCAAUGUACUCGCAGACAAGGCCCUGCACCCUCCCCAACAGUCGGGCCAGCAGCAACCUUCCAUCAAUCCUCUCCCCGAGUCCGCCACCGCCUCCCUCCUCGAUGCGUCAGACGCGCAGAAAGAAGAAUGGUACAAAGCUGGGCUUUCUCUUAUUGCACAGAACAAGGUGGCCGUAGUGCUGAUGGCUGGUGGACAAGGGACGAGAUUGGGCAGCUCUGAUCCCAAGGGGUGCUUUGACAUUGGCCUUCCAAGCAAGAAGUCAUUGUUUCAGAUGCAGGCAGAGCGAAUCUGGAAGGUGCAGCAACUGGCCAAACAGCACGCUGGGUCUUCAGUUGACCCUGUUGUCCCUUGGUACGUCAUGACCAGCGGCCCUACUCGAGCACCUACCGAGAAAUUCUUCCAGGAGCACAACUACUUUGGUCUAGAGAAAGAGAACGUCGUCAUCUUUGAGCAGGGAGUGCUUCCGUGCAUCUCCAACGAAGGCAAGAUUCUCAUGGAGAGCAAAUCCAAGGUUGCCGUUGCGCCGGAUGGUAAUGGCGGCAUCUACCAAGCUCUGGUGUCGUCCGGAGCUCGUGCGGACCAGCGGAAACGUGGCAUUGAACACGUCCAUGCGUACUGCGUGGAUAAUUGUUUGGUCAAAGUUGCAGACCCGGUCUUCGUUGGCUUCGCAGCGUCCAAGGAGGUUGACAUUGCCACCAAAGUCGUGCGGAAGCGAGCUGCUAACGAGCCAGUUGGUCUGAUCGUGGAGAAGAACGGGAAGCCGGACGUGGUCGAGUACUCGGAGAUUGACAAGGAGAUGGCUGAAGCCAAGGAUAGCUCAGACCGCCUCAAACUCCGAGCUGCCAAUAUUGUCAACCACUACUACUCGUUCAGAUUCUUUGAAGCUAUCGAGGAAUGGGGCCACAAGCUACCUCACCACGUUGCUAAGAAGAAGAUCCCCUACAUGGACACUGAGACGGGUGAGACCGUCAAACCUGAGAAACCAAACGGCAUCAAGCUGGAGCAGUUUGUCUUUGAUGUCUUCCCAUUCGUCCCAAUGGACAAGUUCGCUUGCUUAGAGGUUGACCGCAAGGAGGAGUUUUCACCCUUGAAGAAUGCUCGCGGCUCGGCAGAGGACAAUCCAGAUACCAGCAAGGCAGACAUCAUGGAACAGGGAGUUCGGUGGCUGGAGGCCGCCGGCGCUACGGUCGUGUCCGAGGGUAAUAAUAAGGGCGUCGAAGUGUCCCCUCUCAUCAGCUAUGGCGGCGAGGGCCUCGGCUACCUGAAGGGAAGAGAGAUCAAGGCUCCGGCUGUGAUUGAAAAGAGCCCAUCAGAGUAG